AUGGCGAUGAACGAAGCGAAGCUUCUGAGCUCUGAAGCCAUGGUUGUCCAUUUGGCUUUCCUUCCAAGUGCUGGCUUAGGCCACCUCAACCCAUGUCUCAGAACAGCCGAGCUCUUCCUCCGCCACGGCUGCAGAGUCACACUCAUCACCCCUAAACCCACCGUCUCCACCGCCGAGUCAAACCUCAUUGCUCUGUUCUGCUCUGCUUUCCCCUCACACCAACUCACCCAACUAGACCUCAACCUCAGCCCUCUUGACCCAACCCAAGUCAACACCACCGACCCUUUCUGGCUCCAGUUCGAAGCCAUUCGCCGCUCCGUUCACCUCCUUCCACCCAUCCUCUCCUCACUCUCUCCGCCUCUCUCCGCCUUCAUCCACGACGUUACAUUGAUUUCGCCGUUGCUUCCCGUCACCGGAACACUCUGUUUUCCCACCUAUAUUUGCUUCACUUCAUCAGCUAGAAUGCUGGCUUUCUUUGCUCAUCUUUCUGUGCUUGCUGCUCGGAGUCCAGGUGCUAAACCGUGUUCGUUCAUUGGUGAUGCUGUUGAGAUCCCGGGGAUCGCGCCGAUAGCGCGAUCCUCUGUUCCUCCUUUGCUUCUUGAGCCUGAUAGUCUCUUUGAGAGGAUUUUCAUGGAGGAUAGUCCAAAUCUCACGAAGCUCAGUGGGAUUUUCAUUAACUCGUUUGAAGAACUUGAAGAGGACGCGCUCGCGGCGCUCAAUGAUGGAAGAGUGGUUCCCGGGUUGCCGCCGGUGGUUGCUCUUGGUCCCUCUGUGCCUUGUAAGUUUGAGAAGGCAUCCUCGUCUAAGAAUUGCUCAGGUUCUAUAAUGAAAUGGCUUGAUGAACAAUCUGCAGAAUCAGUGGUAUAUGUUUGCUUUGGAAACAAGACAGAGACAAGAAAAGAGCAAAUUAAAGGUAUUGCUAAUGGGUUAAUAGAAUGUGGGUACAAGUUUUUGUGGGUGGUGAAGCUGAAGAAAGUUGACAAGGAAGAGGAGGAGGAAUUAGAAGGUGUGUUGGGAAAUGAGCUCAUGAGGAAGGUGGAGGAAAAAGGCAUAGUUGUGAAGACAUGGGUGGAUCAGAUGGAGAUUGUAGGUCACCCAGCAGUGGGAGGGUUUGUGACACAUGGUGGUUGGAACUCAUUGGUGGAGGCUGUGUGGCAUGGGGUGCCUAUUCUGUCAUGGCCCCAUAAUGGGGAUCAGAAGAUUUGCUCAGAGGUGGUGCAAAUGUGUGGGGUGGGGAUUUGGGCAGAGGAGUGGGGGUGGGGAUCACUAGAGACAGUGGUGAAUGGGGAGGAGAUUGCAAAGGCAAUCAAAGAGAUGAUGAGCAAUGUGUCUUUGAGAAUUAAAGCAAAAGAAAUGAAGGAUGCAGCUAGGAAGGCUGCUGGUAUUGGUGGGAGUUGUGAGGUUAAAAUCAAGAGACAAAUUGAGGAGUGGACAGUGGAAGAGGGAUCUUAAAGGCAUAUGAGUGCUCUGCUCUUUAUUCAUUAGGCUAAUGAAUAAUUAGUUCAUGUUGAUUUUAAAGUGGUGUUGAAUAACAUGAGAUUUGUUAGAAGUUAGAAGUUGUUGUGCUUGGUUGUGACUUUAUUUCCAAUAAAGUGGGUUUGGAGUCACCAAAACUCGAGUUUAGUUAGAGUAAUAAAGCAAGGUGAACACAGACCACGGGGACAACUCUAGCCGCCAUGCGUCCUCGAGGGUCAGGAUCUUGGGUGCGACCUGCAUCGGGGCUCAUCAAGGUGAACACAGACGCAAUGCUUGGGAGGGACAAGCUAGCGAGCUUUGGUAUGGUCGCGAGGAACAAGGAUGGCUUGAUCAUGGCCGCAGCUUCUUUUUCUCCAGUCGCGGCUCUUUCAGCUACAAUUGCAUAGGCUUUGUCUUUGAGAUGGGCGAUGGGUUUGGCGACACAACUUGGUUUCAGGCGCGUCCAAUUCGAGGUGGAUUCAUUGCAACUUCACCAAGCAUGGCGACAGCGUGAGGGUGACUCUUAUUUGGCUAUGAUUGUUCAGGAUUGUUUUAAAUUUUGUGGUUCUUUUGAUCAUAUUGAUCUUUCUUUUACUCGUAGGGAGGGAAAUGUUUGCGCCCAUUUCAUGGCUAAGCAUGCAUCCUCUCUUAACGAUGUUGUUUGGGUAGAGGAGGGGCCCCCGGGUCUCCUUCCUUUGCUUCAUGCUGACUUAUUGGCUUCUAUGCCCCCUAUUUAAUAAUAUUUCAAUUCAUGUUCAAAAAAUAAUAAUAAUAAUAAUAAUAAUAAUAAUAAUAAUAAA